AUGCUUUUGUUUUCGCAGUCAAAGUACAUUGAAGCACUUAAGGAGAAAGCAGAACAACGUAAAAGAGAACAGGACAUAGUGUAUGAGAGGAAGCUUCAUAAAGAGAGGAGCAAGGAAGACCACCUGUUUGCUGACAAGGACAAGUUUGUAACAUCUGCCUACAGGAAGAAACUUGAAGAGGAGAAAAAAUGGCUAGAGGAAGAAAGACGACGGCAGCUUCAAGAAGAAAGGGAUGAUGUAACUAAAAAGAAAGACUUGAGUGAUUUUUACUUUGGGCUUGCUAAGAAUGUUGCUUUCGGUGCACGGACACAUGAGGGCACAGAAGCUGCAGAACCUGAAAAGUUGGAAAGUAAAGCAGAAGAUAUUCAAGGUAGCAAGUCUGAUGCCGAAGGAUCUAGUCGUUCUCCUAAGCGCAGGAGGGAAUCCAGUGGAGGAUCUGAGAAGGCUCAUGAAAGUGGAAGUGUGGCAGAAACUGCAACUACUGAGAAAGAUUCUACAUCUGCUAGAUCUACUGAGAAAGAGGCAUAUGUUUCCUCAUCUGCUUCACAGGCUCUCCAGAAUACUCAACCAGCACCAAUCACCGGUGAGCACUACAAGAGGAGUAAUGAUGCACUUGCCGCGGCUAGAGAACGAGCACUGGCUCGUAAGAGAGCAAAGGAGCAGCAAACAUGA